AUGACAGUUAAUAUUAUUAGUGCCUUGGAUGAACCUGAUGGUAGUCAUUCUGCAAAGAUAGAAAAAGAUUUCUGGAAACCCACAUUUUUCACCUUAUUGUCUGCUGUAAUCAAUUUUGCUAUGACUUUUCUAAUUGGGGGCAUAGAAGGUGGAUCUACGGGUUCUCGAAUGGUCUUACUGGAUUCUGUAGGAAAACAACAAGGAUAUGCUGAAGGACCUUCAACGAAUCCUUGGUUACUAGGUUUAGAAGAGGUUGCUAAACGGAUUCUUAGUUUGAUAGAUAAAGCAUUCAACAACUCUGGUCUACAGUUCACGGAACCACUUGUUCAUUUAGGUUUAUCAUUGAGUGGAGCUGAUACUGAAACCAAUCAAAAGGAAUUAGUCAGUGCUAUCAAAGUUCUUCGUCCGAAUGUUGCUCAAGAAAUACACAUAUGCAAUGAUAGUAUUGGUACAUUUCUAACAGUAUGUGAUAGUGAUGCCAUUGUAUUGGUGUGUGGGACUGGUUCAGUAUGUAAUUACAUCAGGAGGAACUUAACUUUUCAAAGAGUUGGAGGCUAUGGACAUAUGCUUGGUGACAAUGGAUCAGCUUAUUGGAUUGCACUACGUGUAAUAAAGAAGCUUAUUGAAGCAGAUGAUAAAAUUACGGAUACUGUAUUCAUUUGGAUAAUUAAGAGUAAAAUCGCUGGAGUUUGUGAACAUCUUUCUAUGAUUGCUCGUACAGGAGAUCAAUUGUCGAAAGAUGUUUUUCGUGAUGCUGGUGUUCAAUUAGCUCGACAUGUUAGAGGUGCUUUAUAUUAUGCCGCUAUGGAUUCAAAACCUCAGAAUGUGAAUAUGACAGUUAUUUGUUGUGGUUCAGUAUUCAAGAGUUGGGAUCUAAUUAAAGAUGGUUUCUGUGAUUUUCUGAAACCCACAGAUGAAGACAAUUGGUCUGGUACAUUGACCUUAGUCCAAUUGAAAAGCAAUGCAGCAUACGGCGCAGCACGUCUUUCAGUUUAUUAUAAUCCUAAUCUAUUUAUCCCUAUCUUAAAGGGAUCUAGUGUAAAAUUCGAUGAAUUUAUUGUUGGUAUUCGUUUCUGA